UCCCUACACCCUUGACCCUACCCGUCGUCGUCUCCUGUCAAUUCCCCACCACCGAUAUUACGCAACGGAAAAGAGAAUUCUUUCGCCGAUUCCCUUCCUCCACGGUGGCUGUAGGGUUUACGGAAUUCGAUCAAUUUUUUUUCCAGCUGAACAUCAAUGGCGACUUCUUCGGCGAAGGAAAAUCAAAUCCCGACGCUGAAGACGAUCGAAGCCGCUCUGAAUCUGACCGACGCGAAGAAGGAGAGCCUGAAGAAGGCUUACGACGAACUCCAAAGCCAUUCUUCUCUCCUCUCGUCCUCCUCCUCCGACGCGUUCUCACUCUCGUGGUCCGACCUCGACUCCCACUUUUCCACCCGCCAGACUGACCUCACUCGCCGCUUCCACCUUCUACAAUCCCGCGGCCCGGAUUCCGGGCGGCAGAACUGUGGUCCGAUUGAGGCCGAGGCGGGGACGGCGUCGCUUCCUGUUCAGGACCCGUCUUCCUCUUUUUCCAACCGACCUAAUCUCGACGACGGUGCCCUUGUGCCCAAUGAUGUGAAGGAGCCGGGCUCUGCAAUGCAGGUCUCUCCGGAAGUGGGAGUGGGUGGACCCAGUCCGGCACGGCCUGAGUUGAUACCCUUCUGCGAGAAGCUGGAUGGGAAAGGGUUGAGGGACUACAUAAGCGACCAUGCGAAGGAGCGGAUUGCGAUUCGUGCUGAGCUUGCCAGUGCAAUGAAUGUGGGCAGUGACCCAGGUUCUAUGGUUUUGAAUGCAAUGGAGGGCUUCUAUCCAGCAGCUUUGGCUUCCAAAGGGGAUAAAGACCCGGAAUUGUAUCGUCUACGGAAGAGUUGUUUGGAUUUGCUAGAAGUGUUGGUUUAUGUGAAGCCAAAUAUUAGCGAUGAGGUGAGGGAGAGAGCUAAACAGUUGGCAUUAGAGUGGAAAGGGAAAGUGAGUUUGAGUGGGGAGAGCCCUUCUGAGGCGUUGGCGUUCUUGAGUUUGUUGGCAGCUUAUGGAUUGCGGGAUCAGUUUGAUGUGGGCGAGCUUGUGGUUUACGUUGUUGUCAUUGCAAAGUUUAAGCAAGCAAUAACUUUGUGCCGAGAUAUUGGUCUGGGAGAGAAGACUGCAGUUAUUGUGCAGAAACUUAUAGAUGGUGGCAAACAGCCUCUGGCUGUCAAAUUUAUUUUUGAAUUUGGAUUGACUGACAAGUUUGAAGCAGUACCGCUGUUGAAAGCAUAUCUAACAGAGUGCAGAAAGUCCACUGACCAAGCUUGCAAUGAUGGAAAGAUUCCUGCCAAGACAAAGAAUGAGGCCAAAUCUAAGGAAGUUAGUGCACUGAAUUCUGUACUUCAAGUCAUUGAUGAGCACAAGCUUCAAUCUGAGUAUCCACGAACGGAAAUUGAAAAGCGUAUUGAGAUGUUGCAAAAGCAGAAGACUUAUGGCAAACAGACUACACCAUCUUCUGCCACCAAGCCUCAACAGCAGCAGCAGCAACAACAGCCAAAGAAGAAGAAGCAAAUGCAAGCGAAGAAGCAGUUCCAAGCCAAGAAGCAGCAACACUAUCAGCAGCAUAACGGAAAUAAGCGCCCGAGAACAAAUGGACCGACGCUUCCAAUGGGUGCUCCUGGAUCUACCGUUCCUACUUCAUAUCACCAACCUCAUUUGCAGCCAACAGGUUUGUAUCGAGCUGCUGGGGCCUAUGGGAUGGUGAAUGCCUCUCCUCCCAUUCCCCAUUAUGCAGGUUCAUAUGCUGGACAGUAUGGGGCUGGAGUGGGCUUCCCUGGGAACCCAAACCCUGCUGCUCCGUCAGCAGCACAGCAAUACCCUUCUGAGUCUCAAAUUGCACCAGGGUAUUAUGGUGGGGGGCAAGCUGCUGCUGGUUAUUAUGAUGGAUAUGGUGGUUAUCCACCUCAGCAUCAUCAAACCUACUACCCUCAAUAGUUUUUUAGCUACUGACCAUCACAGUAUAUACAACUUUUGGUGGUAGUAUUUGUUUUAUCUGACAUACCAUGCUGAUCACCAGAAAAAGCAAAUGCUUUCCUGGUUGCCAUGCAUGCACUAUGAUUAUCUCUUGGGUCAGCAGAUAUUGGCAUCGUUCAAUAUCUCUCUCUUUGCUUAUUGAACCAAGAUCCAAACACUUUUAGGUUUAUUAUUUAAGCAAGAUGUAGAUCUCUUAGUUAACUACUUAAAGAGGUUCAAUUCCCUGUCAGUAGCUGAAUUGAGAGUGGUCCAAUUUGGUUUUCUUGCUAGGUUAAGUUGCUUAUGAUAUCUAGCAGAUGACCUUUUACUAGCUUAAUGGAAAUGUGGGUAUCUCUCCGCCAAUGGCAUUUGCUUUCCCAUUUCCCCUCCUCCCCGGGCCCUGGAUGUAAGAUUAUAUAGAUUUAUCUCUGUCAUCUUCUGGUUUUGUUGCUGCUGUUUUUUUGUUUUUGUAUCACUUUGGUCUUGCAUCUGGU